AUGAACAUGAUGCGGGAGAGUGCGGAAAGAAUGGAGGAGGUAUUGGUCAGAAGUAAGAGGAUGAGUAAAACUGAGAAGGAAAAGUUGGCCAUGGGGAAGGAAGAGAUGCUCAGGUACGGUGAGGAUAUGGCGAGGGUGUACAAGGCGAGAACGAAGUAUCUGGAGGAUCAGAUGACGGAGUUGGAUAGGUUAAUAGACGAGGAUGAGGACAGGGAAAACGAUUUGAGGAAAGAGCUAAAAGAAUGGAAGAAAAAAGAGAUAAAAUGGAGGGAAGAAAGGACAAAGUGGGAGGAAGAAAGGAAAGAAUGGGACAUGGAGAAAGAAAGAAUAGGAAGGGAAAGGAUAGGAUGGCAGAAGGAUAAGGAAAAGUUAGAGGACAGAAUAUUUGUCUUGGAAUGUGGAAAGGGCUUGGAGGUGGAUCGUGGCACGACCGGGAUUCGGUCGCCCUGGGCCGGGGGGUCGGCAGAAAGAGAAGAAAAGACCCCGGACAGGUCGGGGGGGAAGGGUUGA